UUUCGACGACAACCGAUAGUCUCGUACGAGUCGAUCCGCAUACGCCGAUCAGCGUGCCCGCGUCUCGGUGCGUUCUGUUUUGCACAAACCGCGUGCUGUCCGCGUCCCUCUCCGCCGAAACGGCGCGCACAGCUUCGUUCGUCACCGCCGCCUUUGGCUCUCGUUCGGUAUCGAUUUUUCGUCCGAUACUCAGCCGCGUCGGCGAAUCGCGAUUGAUUUCGGCGCGGCCGCACAACCCACAGGCGCGCGCGGUGCACACACCGACGGCAGCGGCACGUCCGACGCGGACCACCACCACCGCCGUCAUUCGCCGAUCGUCACGCGCUCACGCACGUCGUCACUAGUCGCUCCACCGUCAGCUUCGACCAAGUGAACACUCCAUGGAUCACAUCGGCGGUUCGUCGUCGUCCAGCGACGAUGACUCGGGGCCCCAAGUCAUCGUGCCGCCGCCGCCUCACCGACGCGUCUUGCCGGACGGCGGCGUGGUCGAGCUGUUGUCGAUCGAGGACUACGUCCACGUCCCUCGUAUCGGCGAUAACCAUCGCAGUAAUAAUCGUUCGGCAUCCGGCAAUGUCGCCCUCAUCGACCUAACCAAUACAGAAGACAUCUUGGCUGAACGCGACAUCAUAAACGAUGAAGAAAUCUUAAACAGAGUACGCGCUAGUCGGCCCAACCACGGCCUCAUGAAUAUUAUGAACAACCACACACAAAACUUAAUGGAUAAUAUUCAGCACGAACGCCACUUGCAGCGCUGUUUAGAAAACAGCCGACGCAACAUGCAGGCCCAUAUAAACAAUAUGAACGUUGAAGACGUUAUCGAAAUCUUCGACGACGACGACGACGACGACGACGAUGACAACGACGCCGCCGCCGCUGCUGUUGUCACUGGCACUGGCGUGGCGUCUGGCAUCUGCGACCCGGACCGAGUGCGCAACUAUAAGGACAUAUUCAAGUAUGCCACCGACUUGUCCGACGGAAUGCCGAUGUCUAUCAAUCAAGAGAUUGAUGCGCGUAGUUUUACUGAAGAAAGGAAAAAAUUUCUGACAAAUGUUUUAUCGACCAUGUCAGUUAAUGUGCAUGAGGAAAUGAAUAAUUCAAUUAACAUUUUGUUCGACAAUAAUAAACAAGUGGAGGAACACGAAUUCGCAUUUGAUGUUAUUGCAGAAUAUGUUGACAAUAUUGAUUAUGCUAAUGAUUUUGAAAAGCUUGGUGGUUUCCAUAUAUUUUUACCUUGCAUCCGUUCCGAGCAUCCAUCUGUACGUGUCAAAACAUGCGAAUUGAUUUCUACACUGGUUCAGAAUAAUCCAUACUGCCAGGAAAAAUUCAUGGAAAAUACAAAUUAUCUUAAAGCAUUGAUAUCUAUGGUGGAAAAUGAUAAUGAUGAUGAAGUGCGUGUCAAGGCACUAGCUGCGAUUUCCAGUCUUGUUCGUCAAAACAUACCUGUGUUUUGGCAAUUCAUUGAACUUGGAGGUAAAGAUUUGAUUCUCAAUUCAUUGAAAUCACCCAUUGAUAAAUUGAAGAUUAAAGCGGUAUUCAUCAUUUGCUCAACUUGUCAUAUGGGUAAUGAUGUAGCGGAACUGUAUGUUGAUAAUGGAGUCGUUGAAAUUAUCAGUUCAAUAAUCAUGGGCAUGGAAAAAAAUGUUGAAUCAUUUCAUCAUGAGUUGUUUUUAUCAACAUUGAAUCAACUUAUCCGUUUGUCACCAGUCAGAGUAAAAGAAAUAUGCUCUUCGGUGGAGGAUUUCAAGCAAGCAUUGACAUCAUUACGAGAUUCAUAUUCAAAUGAAUCAAAAUAUCAGGAUGAAAAGGAUCAAAUUUUGUGGUUGAUGGAAACUCUAACAUUGUGAGAAGAUAACGCGGCACAUUUCAUUUUACUUAUUUUAUCAUAAUAUAAUUUUUUCAUAUCUGUAAUUGCUUUUAAAAGAAAUUAAACUUAUGGUUUAUAAUGCUAUUAA